AUGAGAUUCAAACCUCCACCGUCAAACUCGGAGAUCGGCUGGCGUGUAGAAUUUCGACCCACCGAGCUCCAGCUAACCGACUUUGAGAAUGCUGCCUUUGUCUGCUUUGUUGUCCUUCUCACACGCACCAUCCUUAGUCUCAAACUUAAUCUUAUGAUUCCAAUAUCGCGCGUCGACGAGAAUAUGCACACGGCGCAACUCCGAAAUGCAGCCAAGACAGAAAAGUUUUUUUUCCGUCGUGGUGAACUUCUCACUACAGGUAUUGUCAUCCUCACUUCAAAUAGUCGGAGUACCUACCUUAUGCAUAUUUAA